AUGGCUUGGCUUCAGCUUUUCGCCCUGCUUGCAGGCGCAAGCAGCUUCAAGCUUUACACCAACCACAGCGCCGGUGAUUCUCAGGAGUCUGCUGGCACCUGGAAGUUAGUGCUCAAGGUGGGCAAGACCAAGACCCUAGGCUUCUCGAACCCGCUUUGGACCAACAGCGACCUCCUCAACGAAGGCUCUGCGGUGGCCACGGAGGAGGAUGCCAAGUACAGUGCAUUCAACACCGAGCCCUUUAAGAAGGUUCGCAUGUGCGUCGGAAGCCCGGAAUCCAAUUGCGUGGAGCACAUCUUCUCCAAGAAGUACGACAAUGCGAAGGCCCUUUUCAGCGCCGGGUACACUCGAGACGCAACCGUGAAGCGGGACGAGAUUCUCAGUACCUUCGGCCCUGCGAAAGACUCCUACCAGGACUGUCCCAUGCAGAGGCCUGGCUUCAACAUCGAGUGCAACGAUGGCAACAAGGCUCGUUGGGGCUUCUGCCUCAACUGCGCCAGCCAGGGUUGCCAGAAUGACGACGGCAACGACGCCGACGCAGCUAUCGGCAUUGGACUCGCAGGACAGAGCACCGACACGGAGCUGGGAGGAGGUUGGACUGCGUAUUUCGCUUCAGGGAAAGGGACCUGCAGCGCGAACAGCAAGACGUUCAAAGCCGUGUGGCUUUGGGUCUACAGCCUCAAGGCUCCGCCGCCCAAGGGCAACUGGAAGCUCGCGCUGAAGGUUGGCAAGACAGCGACCCUGGGCUUCUCCAACGCGCUUUGGACCAACAGCGACCUGCUGAACGAGGCGUCGGCGCCGGCCACCGAGGAGGAUGCCAAGUACAGCGCAUUUAACACGGAGCCCUUCAAGCGGGUUCGCAUGUGCGUCGGAAGCCCGGAGUCCAAUUGCGUGGAGCACGUCUUCUCCAAGAAGUACGACAAUGCGAAGGCCCUUUUCAGCGCCGGGUACACUCGAGACGCCACCGUGAAGCGGGACGAGAUUCUCAGUACCUUCGGCCCUGCGAAAGACUCCUACCAGGACUGUCCCAUGCAGAGGCCUGGCUUCAACAUCGAGUGCAACGAUGGCAACAAGGCUCGCUGGGGCUUCUGCCUCAACUGCGCCAGCCAGGGUUGCCAGAAUGACGACGGCAACGACGCCGACGCAGCCAUCGGCAUUGGACUCGCAGGACAGAGCACCGACACGGAGCUGGGAGGAGGUUGGACUGCGUACUUCGCUUCAGGGAAAGGGACGUGCAGCGCAAACAGCAAGACCUUCAAGGCUGUUUGGUUUUGGGUGGACAGCCUGACGAAGCCAACCCCGAAGGAACGCCAGGGCAACUGGAAGCUCGCGCUGAAGGUUGGCAAGACAGCGACCCUGGGCUUCUCCAAUGCGCUUUGGACCAACAGCGACCUGCUGAACGAGGCGUCUGCAGUAUCCACCGAGGAGGAUGCCAAGUACGACGCCUUCAACACGGAGCCCUUCAACAGGCUUCGCAUGUGCGUUGGCAGCCCGGAAUCCAAUUGCGUGGAGCACGUCUUCUCCAAGAAGUACGACAAUGUGAAGGACCUCUUCAACGCAGGGUACAUUCGAGACGAAACCGUGAAGCGGGACGAGAUUCUCGCUACUUUCGGCCCGACAAAAGGUUCCUACCAGGACUGUCCCAUGCAGAGGCCUGGCUUCAACAUCGAGUGCAACGAUGGCAACAAGGCUCGUUGGGGCUUCUGCCUCAACUGCGCCAGCCAGGGUUGCCAGAACUCCGACAGCAACGACGCCGACGCCGCCAUCGGCAUCGGACUCGCGGGACAGAGCACCGACACGGAGCUGGGAGGAGGGUGGACGGCGUACUUCGCAUCUGGGGCCGGCACCUGCAGCGCCAACAGCAAGACCUUCAAGUCGGUUUGGCUCUGGGUCGACAGCCUCAAGCAACCGAAGAAGCAACCGAAGAAGCCUCCCUCGAAGGAUCACUGGGAGCUGGCUUUGAAGGUUGGCAAGACCGCGACCCUGGGGUUCUCCUCUCCGCUCUGGACGACCGACGACCUGCUCAACUCAGGUUCGCCAAUGGCGACUGAGGAGGAUGCCAAGUACGAUGCGUUCAACACGGUCCCCUUCAAGAAGGUUCGUAUGUGCAUCGGAAGCCCGGAAUCCAACUGCGUGGAGCACGUCUUCUCCAAGAAGUACAAGAACGCAAAGGCCCUUUUCAGCGCCGGGUACAUUCGAGACGAAACCGUGAAGCGGGACGAAAUUCUGAAGAAGUUCGGCCCUGUGAAAGACUCCUACCAGGACUGUCCCAUGCAGAGGCCUGGCUUCAACAUCGAGUGCAACGAUGGCAACAAGGCUCGCUGGGGCUUCUGCCUCAACUGUGCCAGCCAGGGUUGCCAGAAUGACGACAGCAACGACGCCGACGCAGCCAUCGGCAUUGGACUCGCAGGACAGAGCACCGACACCGAGCUGGGAGGAGGUUGGACUGCGUACUUCGCCUCCGGCAAGGGCACGUGCAGCGCCAACAGCAAGACCUUCAAAUCCGUCUGGUUCUGGGUCGCCAGCCUCGAGGGUUCCUCGAAGCCCUACACGCUGACGAAGGACGAGUGGACCCCGGUGAUGAAGAUCGCAGAGACCACCACCCUCGGCUUCUCCUCCGCCUACUGGACCAACGACGAGCUCCUGAAGCCCGACUCGAGCAUCGAGGCGGAAGAGGAUGCGAAGUAUCAGGCCUACCUGGAUAAGGAGCUGGAGUCCAUCCGCAUGUGCAUUGGUAGGGUCGACACCAACUGCGUGAAGCACACUUUCAAGAAGAAGUACAAGAGCGCCAAGGACAGGAAGCCGGGAGCGUAA